AUGAUCAGUUCAGAUUCCCUCUUCGACAACAACAUCAAUUCCAGCCAGCAGGUGCAAGAUUUAUCUUCUUUACACGUUCCGCAAUUACCAAUGGAUCAAACUGUCCAUUAUUCUGAUGAAAAUGAGCAUCAUGAUCAACAACAACAACAACAACAACAACAACAACAACAACAACAACAAAUUCAACAAGAAUCUUCUAUUGAUGAGUCAUUUGAUCUUGAUUUAGGUAAGAGCUUGAUCACUUAUAGAGUAUUAGUUUCUAGAAGGGAAGCUGGUGCUAUUAUCGGUAAAGAAGGUUCCAAUAUUAGUAACCUAAGAGAAAAAUAUGAUGUUAAAGCAGGUGUUUCUAAAGUUGUUGAUGGAUGUAUCGAUCGUAUCUUAACAAUUUCAGGUAUUGUCGAUCACAUCUCAGAAGCUCUAGUUUCUGUUGCACAAAGUGUCCUUGAUGCCAACUUAUCGACUAUCCAAGAGUCUGAGGAGAAUGGCACUAAUCCUACUAGAUUAAUAAGUUAUGAAUAUCCACCAUUGAGACCUUUGGCUCAGAGACCAGAUUAUCAAUCUGAAGAAUACAAAACCAACUUGUUUCUAAGAUUAUUGAUUCCAAACUCUCAAAUUGGUACUUUAAUUGGUAAACAAGGUGUUAGAAUUAAGGCGAUCCAAGAAGAGAACAACAUUAAAAUGGUGGGCUCGAAGGAUUUUCUUGAUAACUCAAAUGAGAGACUGGUUGAAUUGCAAGGUACUAGUGAAAAUUUGAAAAAUGCAUUAGACUCAAUUUCAAAAUACCUCCUAAGGGACUAUCAGGGUACCGUUCCAACCAUCUAUUAUUCACCUAGCGCACCUUUGGAGAACACCAGAUACUAUAAUGGCAACAGUAAUGGCAAUGGGCCAAAUUUUAGCAGAAAGAACAGUUAUCCUUCUUCGACUCCUCUAUACACCCAAAGCAACCCAAGUAAUUUUAGUACAGGUAAGGAAAUAAUUAAAAAAAUUUCUUUCCCAAAUGAAUACAUUGGUGCCUUGAUCGGUAAAAGAGGUUCAAGAAUCCAAGAGAUUCGGUUAACAUCGUCAUGUGCCGUUGCAAUUGAAAAUGAAAACAAUACUCAAGACGGUGAAAGAGAGAUCACUUUGGUUGGUACCAAAAAUGCUGUUGAUAAGGCAAUUGAUUUGUUAAAUAUGUAUUAUGAAAGAGAGCAAAAGAGAAGAAUGAAUCAAUGA